AUGUCGAGGAGAAGACUUUUUACUCCACCUUCGAACGGCAGUGGUAGUGUGUCUGCAAGCUCAAUUUCGAAGAGGGUGCAUGAUAGGAAGUUCAAUGGCAGAUGUUACUGUGGGUUGGGGGUGACGCUGUUACAGUCAGGAACGGCGAUGAAUCCUGGGAGGUGGUUCGUCCGUUGUCCCAAUUGGAAGAACUCGGACUGCAACUUCUUUGAAUGGGUAGACGAAAUCGAAGGGAAGUGGGAGGGUCUGAGACGAGGACUAUCAAAAAGAAAUGUGCAGGAAAACGUUAAUGAGGCUGAGGCUGAAGUGAAGAUGCUGAUGAUGUUAGGGAGGUUUGAAGCUGAAGUUAGUAAACUUAGGGUUUGGGUUGUGAUUAUGUCAAUGGUGGUGGUGUGUAACAUUGUCUAUACUUUGUAUCUGAUUCUCAGGAGGUUUUGA